AUGCUUGACGCGGAUAUAUUUGCCAUUUCUUCAGAAAUCUGGAAAUCAUCUCGUGAACAUUUUACGGUGUUCAAGGAUAUGGAUCCACCUAAAGGAAUGUCACAAAAACGAUUCGCUCAAUUACUUAAUUUUGGCAAAGGUUGUGAAAUCUGUAAAAGUAAAGAAAAAAAUGUUCAGAUAUAUUGGCCUGCAUUUGUGAGAUCUUGUAAGGAUUGUAUUUCCGAACAAGCGAAAAG